UCCAAUGGUUGUAAGUGAAUUGGGAUAGAAGACAUGAUUAUUUGAGAAUAGAGGAUUGUUGUAGAUUUUAACGAAUUACAAGGGAAAGAUUUUGAAGGAUGGGUUGAAUCAUUCAAGUGUUUUGACAAAAAACUUGGUGAUGGAAAUAUGAGAUACAAACUGUCCCGUCUAUGUGGAAAGCACAGAUGUUUGCUACCAACUUUAUUUUCUUUUAAGUCGUGAUUGAAUAAUAAAUGUCACUUGUCAUAUAGGUCCUUGGGAGGUUAGCAUCUCAAAUAUCUACUGUGAUUCAAGGCAAGGAUAAACCAACAUAUGCACCUAAUCGUGAUGAUGGGGAUAUGUGCAUUGUGCUCAAUGUGAAGGAUAUUUGUGUCACAGGAAGGAAACUUACGGACAAGUUUUAUCGCUGGCAUACUGGGUACAUUGGCCACCUCAAGGAAAGAAGUUUAAAAGAUCAGCUGGCAAAGGAUCCUACAGAAGUUAUUCGCAAAGCUGUCCUACGCAUGCUUCCAAGAAACAAAUUGCGUGAUGAUAGAGAUCGAAAGCUGAGAAUAUUUGCUGGCAAUGAGCACCCAUUCAGUGACAGGCCUAUUGAACCAUAUGUGAUGCCUCCUUGACAAGUACGGGAAAUGAAUCCACGUGCGAGACGAGCCAUGAUUUGAGCUCAGAAGAAGGCUGAGCUACAAAAACAGGGUGGUGCAGACACUAGAAAAGGCAAAAAGAAGGAAGAGGAUACAUUAGAAAUAAAUGCAUGAAGAGUAUAGAUUUGAGAGCUGAAGCUUGCUUAUCUGUCCUUUAACUCAGAAGGGUUACAUUGCCGUGGAAGUCAGUCUAGCCUAGCCUUGGAAAUUUUCUCAUGUUAUCUACAUUUUGCUUAGUUUUUAAUCUUCUGCCUUUGUAGCGAGUCAAAUUGGGCCGAGUUGCCAUGAUGCCAUGAAUGUAGACAGCUAUGUCCUAAGUUAGUUUACAUUGCUUUCAACUUUUGACAUAGUAUGAUCAAAUUUUAAAUAAUUUGAAGGGGAGAACUUUUCAUU